AUGCCAAAGUCAUCAUCCGCAUCCCAGCGGAGUACCCCUCGCCCCUCUUCAACACCAACAUCAUCAGUUCCCGCUAAGCGCAAGUCGCAAGCGUCCCAACCGAAACCUCGUACACCACAACCACCGCCACCACCGUCGCACCUUCCUGCUCACCCCCCCACUUCCACAACACCGGCGGGAAGAGCCGUUCCCUCGCAAGUUCCCACCCCGUCCCCCGCGCCAGCGCCGCUGCCAGACGCCAUCCCCACUGGCCCGCUGCUCUUCCAUGCGGCGGUCUCUGCACAUCACAGCGCUACCUAUCACCUGCAGCAGGUCUUUGUCCCGCAGCACGUGCAGGACGGUGACAAGGGCGGGAUGAAGCGCCAAACCCCCUCGGGCGACGUCCUGUUCACUCACGACUCGGGGGCGCUCAACACCGCGCUGCGCCUCCUCGUCAUGGCGCUGGAUCUUCUCCGCACGGGCUUCUACCUGCCCAAUUUGUCUGACUCGGAACGCGCGGCUUUUGGCCUCGAGUUCGCGACUGUCGCAGCAAAGGUCCUCGCGACGGAGGAACCGGUCAAGAAGAUGCUCUCGAAGGAGGAGCUCGCGCGAGUGCACCUCAUCAUUGACCACAAGCGCCUCGCGUCUGAUGUGGAGGACGUCAUGACGAAGACGCUCGCCGCGGCACGAAGCCCCCACCUUAAACACUACCGCCAAGGCGUGGAGCUUGUGAGCGCUCGUCUCGCUUUCAUGAAAGACAAGGCGAACCAUGCGAAGCGGAUCAUCAAGCACGCGUUGGCGUCCACUCCCAGAGAAGAUGUUGCACACCGCUACAACCUCCACCUCCUUCACAUGAACCACCUCCUCAAGGCGGGCAACGUCGAGUUGUUACAGGUCGUUAAGGAGUUUGAGGCGGAUGCUGAGGCGCAAGGACACCAGGAUGUCGUCCUUCUAGCUCGCAUUAUUCGCAUACGGGCGCACUUUUCCUUGCGGCGCUGGGAUAACCUCCUGACCACUCUUGACGAGAGUGAGGCCCUUUUCGGUACUGACGAGGUGCACACCUCGGGCGAGCCGGCUACAUCGUCCUUCCGUCUCGUCCUGCUCAUGCACUUCCUCAAUAUGCGCGCCCUGCACUAUGGGCGAGCUGGUGACGACGUAAACGCCAAGAAGCAACUCAGCCGGCUGUAUCCCCUCAUGGAUGCUGCCAUCGACAAGGGCAAGCUGGCCGAGAUGCGCAAGUCCGGCGGAGUGAUCCCGUUGCGCACACCCGGCGGCUUGACGCAGCACAUCUUGGUCCAGUCAACGCCUGUCAAUGUGCUCUGGGCUUUGACUUACCUAACCUCGGUGGUCAGCCGACGCGACCUGCUGGGAACUGUCGAGCAGUGCAGGACUCUCAACCAUACUCGCGCGAUGCGCCAGUAUGAGGAUUUUGCUCGCCCCGAUGACUUGUGGGACUCUGGAUUCUCUUUUAGACACGGGGUCGCAGACGCGCUGGAACUUCGGCACAAGAUCAACAAGAUCCGUGCGGAAAUGUUGAUGGAGGAAGCUCUCGCAUUCGUGUGCCGGAGCUCUUUCGAGCAGGUCAAACCCAUCAUGACCAAGACUGUCAGCAUACUGCACGACAACAACCUGUUCCUCACUCAUUCCCACCAGCUGGCCCUGCUCUACGGACACAUCAUGCACUCCAUCGGCCUCCCUGACCAGGCCGUGCGUUACUACCGAGCGGCGCAGAGCCUGCUCGUCGCGGGGUCGGAGAUGCGGCUCAUUGUCGACAUCAACCUCAUGGCUGUGCAGGGCGGCUUCUCAAACCUUCAUUCAGAUCUUGAUCGCGCGACCAAGGUGAACGUCAUGGCAGACCAAUGCAGGGCUGGCACCAACGGCGCUUUGAAUGCUGUGGGCUUCUUCCUCCUCAGUCUGACUGAUCAUGAACGCGUAUCCUCCAAGCGAAAGCUCACAUUCGCGUAUGAAGUGUGCCGGAGAGGCAAACUCAAUGUGCUCUACGCGCUCAUCUUCGCUUUCACCACCGCCCAACACCUGUUCGGUGACCGCGAUCGCCAGCUCAAGCAGCUGGAGUCCGGCCGAGACAUCGCAAGACUUCUCGGCGGGAAGGACCGAGCAGACGGCUGUGGUCUACUACCACUAGGCUUGUGGUACAACACAAAGCUGCGAGGUAGGCUCAACAGUUUGCCAACACUGACAUGA